AUGGGUUCGGAUACUGGUACUGCUACAGUGCUACUAAGUAUUAAAUCUCCUUCUUAUCUCUCCACCGUCCCACCUCCCCCCGAUUCCCAUUUUAGUCAACCCAAUACCGUCUCUCUUGCCAUCAUGGACGAGGAACCUCCUUCUCCCAUCAGCACGGAUGACAAGUCCAUCCACGAGCCCCCCAUAAUCUCCUUCGAUAACAGCGGUGACGGCCCGCUUCGAGUGCCCGGGUUUGGUGACGUCCCUCUGGACUAUGAGCUCCCAUGCGACGCGCGCUUUGCCCAUGGAAUCAAAGAGUGGCGCCAGGCACCAGCCGUCACGGCACGUGAGCUGGCCAUGACAGCUGUAAUGAAUCGCCUGACCGACCGCCCAAACUGGCAUGUCGAUGUCUUCGAUGAUGAGGUCGUGGCGCGCUGGCGGCAAGACAGUAGCGCCUCCAUCGCGAUGAAUCCUCUCCUGAGUAACCGGGCCUGGGACUGGUGCGUGCAGGAACUACGCGACAAGGCCACCGAGUUUCGGCAACAGGGACACAUCCGGGUGCUGGACACUGGGUCUUGUGUCUGCAAAUCUGAUCAUGUUCCUGCGCUUCGAACAGGGGAGCUGGCCAGCGAGUUCCGACGCGCAGUAAGACCGGUGCUUCGGUCCCUAAUGCACUCCGGAUUGUUGGAUUGGCGGUCAAGGCGUAGAUUAAGUAUCGUCGACGCAGCCUUGUUUCCACUGGUCUAUGGGCGGAGCUUGGUCUUGACUGACGGGGGUCGGGUGGACAUAGAGGAUGUGCUGGGCGCGUAUGAAGGUGCGACAACCCUUGCGCCUACUCAUGUCGACAAGAGAACAGAUUCGGCGGAUGUUCAGAGACAAAUUGAGAAGGCGCAAUGGCUGUCUGUGGGCGUGAAUGCCAACUAUAAAACAGCACCUCACUAUCGAUGGAGCGCAAAUUACCAGGCCUUGCCAUCUGAAGUGGAGUUUGUAGGGCAUACAGGGUCGACGCAGGUGCGCCUUACCUCGUACAUCAAUAAUCUUCACCCGGUUCACCAGAACCUCUACCGUGCUAUCGAAAAGUUGAUAGGCCGGGCGAUCCCGUUAUGGAACGACUGUCUGGUGCUGGGACAGCGCGGCUGGAGGGAUAUUAUGAAUCAAGGCCAGCUGGGACCGGUGCCACUACGUAUUAUCACGUAUGGGGUAGAGUGGGAAAAUGAGCUUCCCGAAUGCCUGCUCGCCUUCCGGAUUCCAAGUGAGACGAGGAAGUGGAUGUACCGCAGAGCCCAAGAAGCGCUCUUAAACAGUGCGGGAGAUAACACAGACGAGGGUCGCAAAAGGUACCAACGUGCACAAGAACGGUUGAAAGAUUUUCCAGACGUUGUAGGGAGUGAAGAAAAGGAGUUACCGCCCCCAGAGUCAAACCUCUGGCAACGCGCAAAGGAGUAUCUCGAACUUCCUGAGGAUGGAUCAGCUUCCCCCGUUCCUGCCCCGGAUGAUUGGCAGCAGAACACCUGGCGUGCGAUCGAAGGCAAAGCCAAGCGAGUGGUGCGAUACCGUCACCCGGAGCCAGGGACGGCUUUCUCUUACGAAGAGUGGAAGACGGGGCGUCACCACGAGAGAGCCGUGGUUGAUCUAGUGCGCGAGCGGAUGGAAUGGCGCCGGAUUCCCUACACUCCAAUCACCCCUCCCCACAAACCAUAUACCAUUCGGCUCCAGGACAUGUUCCGCUCGCAAGGUCUGCAAGUAAUUGUAAACAUGGAGAACAUUGAGCUUACCCCUGAAAGUCCGGACUACAAAGGGACGGACUGGCACAUGGAAGGCCAACUCAACGAACAUAUUGUAGGUAUCGCCGUCUUCGCAUAUGAUAUCGACAAUAUAACCAAGCCCCAAAUUGCUUUCCGACAGAAUACUAAGAUGGAUGAAACAUUCUACCGAUAUAGGAUGCGUGAUGAGCGAGGACAAAGGUGGCAUCCACGAGCAAAACCGGCCCACAGCUAUGGGAAACCUGGCAUCUACGGUGUGGAAGAAAUCGCGAGAAUACUGGGAUAUUGCAGUUGGGACCUUGAUACUGAAAACUUUAUGAUGAGAACAUGGCAGGACAAAGGUGUAAUAUCGAUCGCGCAAGGGCGUUUGGUCACAUUUCCCAACGUCCUAGAGCACCGUGCCCAGCCCUUCUCCCUAGCUGAUCGGAGUCGCUCGGGGCAUUAUCGAUACAUCAAAUUGUAUCUGGUUGACCCUCACUAUCGCAUCUGCUCCACCCGCAAUGUGCCACCCCAGCAGCAUCACUGGUGGGCAGACGCGGUCGGUGAGGAUCUAAGUGCUGCCGGACUACCCCAAGAGAUGAUUGAUCAGAUCAUGACAGAGACUGGCUGCUGGCCUAUGGGGUUGCCGGAAGCUCGCCGGCACCGCCACGCGUUUCUGAAAGAGCAUCGCUGGAAUAACCUGGUACGGAUCUACACAAUGGAUCGUCCAUACUUCAAUUGUUGGCCAUACGUAGUAACGGAGAGACAUGUUUGA